AGCACGAGCUGCUCCAUCAACUGUAUCGGCGAGAGUUGUGAAGCGAGUCGGUCACCGAAAACUUUGCACAAAGUGCGCCGUACAUGUCUUCGUGCGGCGUUUAGGUGGAUGCUGAGUGGAUCUGACACGGCUGACAGCAAGCGGGAAUCCUGAAUCACCUGGUAAAUCGGGAGAAUUAGAACGCAGAAAGCACCCAGAGCCACGUAUCUAACUUUAAAUGGCCUAAAGAGUGGUUAGUUAUGUCGCAGAUACGCGUCCAGGUUGAGACAGACCCCGCACCCACAGGGACACACGUGGCCUUGUAAGCUGUGGCGGCGACCGUAUUAUCAAGGAAAUUCCUGAGUCCUCCAGGGUCACCUAUCUGCUGGCUUCUCUAUCUGCUGCCGCAGGGAGACAAAAGGACAAAGCAGGACACCGCAGGCAGACGUGAUGGCCACUGAAGGAACCCAGACACAGGCUGGGCCCGCGGUACUGGCAAAGUCUGCUUCGCCUCUGUCCGCUGGGAGCAGACCCAGCAGAGGAGCCAAACAUGCAAAUAAUGGGCAGGAAGUGUGGCGAGACGCUGACCAAAUGUGUCAAUCAAAACAGUCGAGCGGCCCUUCUCUCCCCUUGUGUAGGAAGCCAUCGUGUGACAGUGGGGAAGGCGCUGUUUUGGACAAAAAAUAUGAGUGCCCCGAUUACAGCUCAGAAGUCAUAAGCACUAAAGAGAAACCUUAUCCAGAGCUCUCCACUGGCAAGAAACUUGAAGAAAUGAUUCCAGUACUUAGGAAAGGUUCAGAGGAAUCUCUGAGCCAGCUGGAUACCACUGGAGACAGCGUGGAUGCAGGCACUAACAGAACUGGCAGCACCCACUGCUCCUGUACCCAGUCUAGCCCUUAUACCAAUGCGAACACCUACUGUUGCCACAGCUCUAGGUCCAGUCCAAGCCUUGGCUCCAGCCCUGUUCACAGUCCUUGCCUCAGCUGCAGGCCCUCUGGCCCCAAAUACAGACACAUCCGCCGCGGCAGCCUCCCUGUGUCUAUGCUGGCUUUCCACAAGACAUCGCCCUACCUCUCAUCCCAGGGCAGUUCCUCAAGCGAACCGAGCUCUUUGACAUCAUCUCCAUCUAGUUCUCCUCUUCCCGUCCACCGCAAGCGUCACCAAAACGGCCACAUCCAUCUGCACUGCCUCAAAGAUGGGUACUCAAGUUUAGAGAGGCUCAACCGAAGGCCCCGGGUUAACAAAUGCUCUUUGGAGAAACUUUUCCUUCGAAGGUCUUCUCUUGAAACCAUGUUGUCGACCCCUGUUCACAAUGAAAGGUUACCUACAGAAGAGACGAGGGACUGCAGCCAGGAUCACAGCAGUGAUGAGGGAGAAGUAGAAGCACAUUCGGAUAAUGUGGAUAAUGAUUUUAUUCGGAAUCGUAAAGAGCGCUCAACUGUCCUGGUGAGGCGGUUCUGCAAGAAUAAUCAGAAGGUGACCAAGUCGGUGUGUACUGGCACCAGAGCGAUUGUCAGGACACUGCCGUCGGGACUCAUCUCAGAAGAUGUCUGGGCCGUGGUUGUUCACUACAGAUGUUGGACUCCCAGUAAGGAGGAUACAUGGCUAACCGUAAAGCGGGGCAUGGGAGAAGACUUCAGAAGAUGCAAAGAGAUGCUGCGCUUUGCUGGACUUAAACUACAUCAGGUUAACAACUAUGUGGAGGAAAGAGAGGAGAUCAACCUGAUUCAUCCUGCCAAAAAGCUCCUGUUGUUGUGCCCUGGAUGUGUCUGUCUCAGGGAGUCUCUCUGGCCAGUGGACUUGGUCAGCAGCAGCCCAGCCAGCCUUGAUCUGAAGCCCUACAUUAAAACUCAGCACUGUCAUUCAUCUUACACCUCCAGGUUUUAUCGGUCUUGUAGCCAGAAGACGAAGUUGGGUUCCCUGCUAACUGGAGCACUGCUAGAGGCCACACUCGUGCUUGGUGCUCGCACGGCACUCCUUUACCCAUUACCCCAGUGCCCCAACAGCCACGCUGUCUUGAAAGAGCGUCAGCUGGCCAGCAGCAUGACCAGCAGCAGCACUCUUCCUCCCAGUGUAAGCGGGAUCAGUAAGGAGCUGGCAGAGCUGCGCCACCUUGUUCAGUUCCCCGAGGAGAUCGCCUGCAUCCUCACAGAGCAAGAGCAGCAGCUUUACCAGCAGGUCUUCCCUUUGGACUACCUCUAUUUCCUCACCCGAGACCUGGGCAGUCCAGAGUGUCAAACUAAACGCCACCCAAACCUCAAGGCUUCACUGUCAGCGCCCGCCACGCCCACUCAGCGAAGUAACGCCGUGGAGGAACUGGUGGCGCGAUUCAACGAGGUGAGUUCGUGGGUGACGUGGCUGGUCCUGACUGCAGGGUCCAUGGAGGAGAAAAGAGAAGUUUUCUCAUAUCUGGUCCAUGUCGCUAAAUGCUGUUGGAACAUGGGAAACUACAAUGGUGUCAUGGAGUUCCUGGCUGGACUCAGAUCUCGUAAGGUGCUGAAGAUGUGGCAGUUUAUGGACCAGUCAGACAUCGAGACCAUGAGAGGUUUAAAGGAUGCCAUGGCUCAGCAUGAGUCCUCCUCUGAGUACAAGAAGGUUGUGACCAGAGCUCUUAAUAUCCCAGGAUGCAAGGUUGUGCCAUUCUGUGGGGUUUUUCUAAAGGAGCUAAGUGAAGCGUUGGAUGGCACAGCAAGCAUCAUCAGCCUCAAACCGUCUCCUGAUAACACGGAAUACUCGAUAGAGUUUGUGUCCGAUUACAGCGGCCAGCGCAAUUACUUGUCUCGAUCUGGCCCAGAUGGGCUCCAUGUGCCAGAGAAGGAAGCUACUGUGAGCAACAUCCUUCAGAUUAUCAGAUCUUGCAACCGGAGUUUAGAGGCAGAAGAUCCUGAUGACGCGUCCACCAGUCCGUCUUCUACUGGCCCGUCCCCCGCAUCCAGAAACAACUCCUUCAAAGACCGCAGCCACAAUCAAUUCUCGGUCGGAGACUUGUCGGAUUCAGAUGGUGACUUGUCUACCGAGCCGGUGGUGAAAGAAGUGGAGUUUCAGGGGACCGAGGAGACGCACAGAGCUUUUAGCCAUGGCACGGAGCUCAUUCCCUGGUAUGUGCUGUCACUACAACCAGAAAUUUACCAGUUUCUGCUGCAGGGCGCUACGGUCAUUCAUUACGACCAGGACGGCCAUGGCAGUGCUCGCUGUCUGCUACGUCUACAGCCUGAUAAUACAACACUCACUUGGGGUAAACCUCAAAGCGGAGGCCCUUCCCCUGCAGAGCAACCACUGGGAUUGGGGCAGCCUGUAGUGGCUGGGCUAGCAGAAGGCCUGCUGGACCUGGGAAUAGUGAAGGCAGUGUUUCUGGGCCAUCAGGGUGUCGAUGUUCAUGCUGUAUGUUUGCAAAACAAGCUGAGUCAGAUGACAGUGGAGGAGAAUGGCCUCAGCCUUCUGUAUGGUCUGAGUACCACAGACAAUAGACUUCUGCACUUUGUGGCCCCCAAUCACACGGCACAAAUGCUCUACAAGGGCCUGUCAGAGUUGGUGAAUGCAACCAGGAAAUUAAAGAAGUUUCCUGACCAAAGGUUGCAGUGGCUGAGGAAGCAGUAUGUCAGUUUGUAUCAGGAGGACGGCAGGUAUGAAGGCCCUACACUAGCCCACGCCAUUGAGCUUUUUGGGGGUCGGAGGUGGAAUAUGGGUACGGGUGGUGGAGACAAGGUUGGAGCCCAGAAGAACAACCCCCUGUCGAAUGAGAAAGCCAAGAAGAAGAAGAAGGUUCUUGUCAGGGGAGACAGUGGGGAUGCAACCGAUGACGAGAUGGUUUCCAGGAAAACACGGAGCUGUAAAGAAGGACUGUAUCGAAACGGUCCAGAGUCUGACAGCAUCGACCAAGAAGAUCCAGAAGACAGCAUCCCCGGAUCACUCUCCCUCACAUCCAGUAAAAGCCCCGGAUUGCUAUCCUCUUCCUCUUCCUCCUCCUCUUCCUCCAGCAUGGCAGGGUCCAACCCGACCCGUCCGCAGUCUUCUCCAAUCCUUUCGGGAAAUGCUAAAUCCCAGCCAGGGGCAUGGAGCAGCAGAUCGUGGCACGGCCGGGGUAAAGGCUGUUUCAAAGGCUUUCAGAAUCUCAUGAUUUCUGACAGCACAAUGAGCUUCAUCGAGUUUGUCGAGCUUUUCAAAUCAUUCAGUAUCCGAAGCAGGAAGGACCUGAAGGAGCUGUUUGACACCUUUGCUGUCCCCUGCAGUCGCUCAAGCCCAGAAUCAUGUCCUGUUUACACCAACCUCAGGAUAGAUGACAAAGACACAGGACUGCAGCCAGACCUUGAUUUGCUAACUCGUAACGGGUCGGAUCUCGGCCUGUUUAUCCGGACCAGGCAGCAGAUGUCCGACAACCAGAAGCAGAUUUCAGAUGCCAUCGCAGCAGCCAGCAUUGUGACCAACGGGACGGGGGUGGAGAACGCGUCAUUAGGCGUCUUGGGACUGGCUAUCCCUCAGCUCAAUGACUUUUUAGUCAACUGUCAGAGAGAGAACCUGAGCUACGAUGAGAUUCUCAGUAUUAUACAAAAAUUUGAGCCUUCAUCAAGCAUGAGACAAAUGGGGUGGAUGUCAUUUGAAGGUUUUGCAAGGUUCCUGAUGGACAAGGACAACUUUGCUUCACGUAAUGAGGAAUCUCAGAUGAAUCCAGAGGAGCUGCAAUACCCUCUGUCUUACUACUACAUCGAGUCUUCUCAUAACACCUAUCUGACUGGGCACCAGCUCAAAGGAGAGUCCUCUGUUGAGCUCUACAGCCACGUGCUCCUGCAAGGCUGUAGGAGCGUCGAGUUGGACUGCUGGGACGGAGACGAUGGCAUGCCUGUUAUUUACCACGGCCACACACUCACCACUAAGAUACCCUUUAAGGAUGUGGUGGAAGCAAUUAACCGGUCUGCGUUUGUCAAUUCUGAUAUGCCCGUCAUCCUGUCCAUAGAGAACCACUGCUCCCUUCCUCAGCAACGAAAGAUGGCUGAAAUCUUCAAGACUGUGUUCGGCGAACGCCUUGUGACGCGCUUCCUUUUCGAAAGCGACUUCAACGAUGACCCUCAUUUACCAUCGCCGCUGCAGCUUCGAGGGAGGAUACUGCUCAAGAACAAGAAACUCAAAGCCCAUCAGGCACCGGUGGACAUACUCAAGCAGAAGGCUCACCAGCUCGCCCACAUGCAAGCCCAAGCAAGCAACGGGUCUCCAGGAGUGACUUCACCCAACAAUCAUGCCAAUGAGGAAGAGGAAGAAGAAGAAGACGACUAUGAUUAUGAUUAUGAGUCUCUAUCAGAUGCUGAUGGCCUCGCUGCCUCUACUGCCUCGUAUGGUCUUGAAGAUAAUAUACUUGAUGACAAGCCAGAAGGCAAGAGUUCGGCCGAGAAAGAAGAGCAACCUGCUGAUGAAAUACCCAAAAGGAUGAAGAAAGCUGAUAGCACUACACAGAGCAAAGGAAAGGUGUUCGACAUGGAGCUCGGCGAGGAGUUCUACCUUCCCCAGAAUAAGAAGGAGAGUCGACAGAUCGCCCAGGAGCUGUCCGACCUCGUCAUCUACUGCCAGGCUGUGAAAUUCCCUGGCCUUUCUACUUUGUCUCCGGCUGGCUCUAGCAGGGGGAAGGACCGAGGAAAGAGCAGGAAGUCCAUAUUUGGCACGGCUCCUUCUCGCAGCAGUGCAACAGGGGAGGUCACGACCCAGAGCCGCACCCCUGGGAAAGGUGGUUCGGAGCGACUCAGCUGGGAGGAGCAGCAAACGUCUCCUGUCCUCAACCCCUCCACCUCACUCAGCGCCAUCAUCCGCACACCAAAGUGUUACCACAUCUCCUCCGUCAACGAGAACGCCGCCAAGCGCCUGUGCCGCCGUUACUCUCAAAAGCUCAUCCAGCACACGGAGUGCCAGCUGCUCAGAACCUACCCGGCGGCCACCAGGAUCGACUCAACCAACCCCAACCCUCUGCUUUUCUGGCAGCAUGGCAUCCAGCUGGUGGCACUCAAUUAUCAGACUGAUGACCUGCCCAUGCAGUUGAACACGGCGCUAUUUGAGGCCAACGGUGGAUGUGGCUACGUACUGAAGCCGGCAGUGUUAUGGGACCGUAGCUGUCCACUUUAUCAGCAGUUCUGUCCGAUGGAGCGGGAUGUGGAGAAAAUGAGCCCUGCUGUCUACUCCCUCACAAUUGUGUCCGGGCAGAACGUUUGUCCCAGUAACAGUGCCGGCAGCCCCUGCAUCGAGCUGGAUGUUCUGGGCAUGCCCAUCGACAGCUGCCACUUCCGUACCAAACCGAUCCACCGCAACACCCUCAACCCCAUGUGGAACGAACACUUUCAGUUCACUGUGCAUUUUGAAGAGAUGUGUUUCCUGCGAUUUGCCGUGGUGGAGAACAACAGUUCCCAGACCACAGCUCAGAGGACUCUCCCACUUAAAGCCCUCAAACCAGGUUACAGACAUGUACAGUUGAGAACACAGCACAACGAGUCUCUUGAAGUCUCCAGCUUAUUUAUCUACAGCCACAGAACAGAGGAAGGUCCAGCAGGGGGCGCUACUGCCUCAUCUUUGCUGUUCAGUUCUGAGGAGAAGCAUGCGUCCCAGCAGCACAGGGUGACGGUGCACUGCGCUCCCGGUCCUGAACCCUUCACUGUUUUCUGUGUUACUGAGCAGACCACCGCCAAACAGCUGCUGGACGUGGUUGUGGGGUCAGCGGGAAACCCAUCCGAAUACUUUUUGUGUGAGGAGAAGGUUCCCCUGUUGAAGGAACGCAGCGAGGUGAAGCGCUGCCCGCAGCACCGAGCUCUAGCACCUGAGGAGGAGGUGGUCAGGGUGGUGUCCAGCUGGAACACUGAGGAGGGAUAUGUGAGGAGACUGUGCCUCAAAACUAGAGAGGAGAACUUGAAUGAGAAGAACACGGUGGUGGAGGGAGAGGAGGAGGUGACUGUGGCAGGCAGAGAAGGAGGUGGAGGAGGAGGAGGAGGGGAGGAUGAUAUGUUCUUUGUCCAGGUCCAUGAAGUUUCACCCGAACAGCCUCACACUGUCAUCAAAGCUCCACGCUACAGCACGGCUCAGGAUAUCAUACAGCAGACUCUGUCAAAGGCUAAGUAUUCCUACAGUAUCCUCGCUAACCCCAAUCCAUGCGACUACGUGUUGAUGGAGGAAGUGACCAAGGACGUCGGCUCUAAGAAGUCCUCGUCCACCAAGCCUCUUCAGCGAGUGCUGCUGGAUCACGAGUGUGUCUACCAAGCUCAGAGCCGCUGGCGGGGCGCGGGAAAGUUUAUUCUUAAACUCAAAGAGCAGGUGGUGAGGGAGGACAAAAAGAAAGUCAUUUCCUUUGCCAGUGAGCUCAAGAAGCUGACUAGUCGCAGCCGCAGCAUGACAACUGGCAGCGGAGUGGAUGGCCCUGCCCAGAGGUACCUGUCUGCAGCUGCAGGUCUGAGGGCAUGGGUGACAGAGGGCAGGGUGGGGGCUGGAAGGUUCCUACAGGCCUCCUCCAACUCUUUCAGAGAGGAGCUCCUAUCUGUCCACCUUCCCACCUCUUCUCUGACCCCUUCAGCCUGGAAGCUUUACCUCCUCAGGAACUGGAAGACCCACAAAUGAGUUCUAGACACAGAGAGACUUGCAUUGACUACUUCUUAACUUGGAGAAUUUCUCUUUUCACAAGGUGUUUUCAGUGAUGGUCUCGUGCAUUGUCGGGUUCUGAGAUUCCCUCCUGUCAAAGUCUUGAAGGAAUCCAAUCCUACCCUGUGUUAAAUGAGCAAGUGAAGGACAGGAUUCAGUCCAGGCUCUGUUACUGGGUUAGGUGACAGGUAAUGAGCCCCUUUUGCUUGGGAGGAGAUUGGCGAGCCCACCCGCUGUCAUCCAAGUCAUCCACGAGGACUGUGAUGGUCGUGGGCUGGUAGCUCAGCUCCUCUUGGGGCAGCUGUUUUUAUUGAAGUCCGCUGGGACAUGAAAUGGCAAACUGUCCCUCAUAUUUCAAAUAAAUAAGAGAGGAUAAAAAAGAUUCCUGUGUCACAUACAGAGAAUAAUUCUGGCUUUGAUGGUUGCUAAAUUGCCAUUGGAUUUAUUGAAAUAGUAAAACACAAAGUAUUUGGAGUAUUUAUUUUCCCUUUUCAAGGACUAUUAAAUCUCCACAAGUGACUACACGCCUUGUGCACUAGCAUAAUUGUUUGAAUAAAUCUUUUGUACAGUAUGUUUAAAACAAAGAAGUAAAAUCCACACUUGCUAGUAAAUGUUAAAAUGGACGAAGAGAUGUAGGAGAUUGUUGCUUCCUCAGGUAUGGGCUCAUUUGGUUGAGGGCAUUGUGAAGGAGGCUGACAAGCUGGCUUGUUUGGUUCUUUCCCUACUGUUCCAGUUUCACAGUACUGUAAGAGCACAUUUUGGGGCAGUGCAGAUGAGCAAAGCUCACAGAAAGACGCAGCAAAUGUGAGGAUAAAGAAUCGGAGGCUUCUAUUCUAUUUAAAUGUCGUAAAAAUGGAAGCAGUUUAUCGGACACUACCGUAUUUGCCCUAAAUAGUCGAUAUAUGAGGAGCGUUUUAAGGCAGUGUAGGCACACACUAUUAUAUUCUGCAAAUGCAAAUGUGGAGCAACUUCUCACUGUUUUGGUAAAGUUGUCUUGUGUCGGUUUAAAAUGUUGCAACACUGCCUCCAACAUUUGAUGAUUUUGUGGCUGUAUCUCUGAGGAUGAUCUGCUUUGUUUUACAGAGUAUCUUAUUGCUCACAUCAUUGUGCACAAAUAUCAACCAUAUCUCACCUUGUCAGCCAAACUGAGCAGCUUAAAAAGUUAAAAAUGUUUAUAUAUGAAUAUAUAUACAUUACUAUAUAUAUAUUUAAAAUGUAAUUUAAACAUGGGGUAUUGCUUUUUAAUAGUGUGAAUACAAUGCGAUCACCAGAACUGUUUGUUAACCUUUUUUGUGCAACAGUAAGCUUUCUGAAUAUUUACAUUGUUAAAUGCAAAACUGGUGGAGCCCAAAACAUAGUUACAAAUUUAGUCAGACAGUCAUUACUUCAGAGAUUGUUCAAAUAUGGACAUUUCCUCUGUUGGACCUAAUUGAGUAUUUCCUGCAAAUUCCUACAUUAUUUUAUUGGUGCAAUGAUGGUUGUAGUGCUAAGAUCCUUUGGAGAGCAUCCCGGUCUUCUUCAAACAAUGUUUUGCACUUUUCGUUUUCCUUUUGGUGUCGUCAUCAAUGUUUUUGUGUUACUGUCUAAUUAGUGACAGCGACUUGAUUGUUAUGGUUAGAACUGCUUCUGUCUUGUUAUGUCGUUGUAUUUAUUACUUUCAAUUUCAGCCCAGUCACAAAUUUAGUUUUAAAGAAAGCACAAGUACAUUUUGGGGGAGUUUUUUGUCAGACUUAUAGGUAUGUAUUCCGUGUUCCCCAACAGAAUUGAAUGUUCGUAAUGCAAUUGAUUGGUUUUUCUUUAUUUAUUGGUCUGGACUUACUGUCCUUGAUUUUAAGAGCAGCAUCUUUAUAGAUAUUUAAUGUAAGUAAUGACUAGAUUUUUUUUUCUUUCUUCUGCACAUCUAAAUCUACAUUCAAAAUUCAUUUGGUGCCACUUUUCUCUCUUUUAAUUAGCGACAUUUCAAUAUUUUAGGACUAAUAGUAACUUUUUAUUUUACUUCCUCCCAUUUGGUUAAUGACGUUACCAAAUAUACAUUAAAAAAUAAUAACAUUAAGAUGUAAAACGACAUGAUACAUCUUGAUUAUUACCCAAAAAGGAGCCGUGACACAAAAUCAAGUCCAUCAUCAAGACUCAAGAACACAGACCUGCUGUAUUAGGGUUAUUUUAUUUCUCCAUUUAAAAUUUUCACUCAGAAAAAUCACUUUUGAGUCUCUUUAUUGAAAGCUGUUUCAAUUCAUUCCUGCUUACUCAGCUUUAGGCUUAUUAUAAAUCCUACUUUUAUAAAAAUGGAAUCAUUUUUUUUACCAAUAUUCCAGAAUACUAAAAAUUUAACAAACUAGAAUUAUUUGUUUAAAGAAGCUUAAAAACCUUUCAAAAAAGGCUUAAUGCCAAGUAAUGAGUUAUAGUUUUAGUGCAAUAGUGAAGAUCUGUUAUUCUUCAUCUUUUUAAUACCUACAAACGACUGACAUGUUCCACUUUAACUCAUACUUUCAACUUGUGACCAUCAAUUAAUGGGUUAAAUUUGACCUGAUUAAUAUUAAUCACAUGCAUGGAUUAUGUUUUGUUGGGAGUAAGGGAGUAGGGUGGGACCUAAGGCUUAUGAUAUUUAAGGUAGAUGAGACUGUGAUCCCAGAAACCACAACUCUAUAUCGGUGAUAAUUAAGCUGCAAUCCUUUAAUCCAGUCAGGCUUUUGUUACUCUAACUGUUUCUAAUUUAAACUUUGGAUAAAAAAAAAAGCCAUUACGCGAAGCAAAACCUAAUCUUUCACGAAAUGGUCAUUACAACUACAUGCCUGGAUGAAAGCGAUAUCAGCUCUAAUAAGCGUGUGAAAUCCACAGUGAUUCCACACAGGAAGGGACAUUUUCAGUUUAAAUCUGAGUUAUAACACCACCACAUCUUGUUUCCUUUUUUUCUCUAACCUCUAGACCUCGUUUCUGAAUGUAACUGUUCUUAACCUGAGACAAAUGUGUGUUUGAAGUUAUUUAUUUGAAUGUGAAGCCCUGGUUGGCAUUUGUGUUGUUUAUGCGUAAGUUCCUGUAAGUAGUUAUUAGUGUUUGUUUAUUUAUUUCAGUAUGUGAGAGGGUGAACUCUACUGCCCUGACUUUACUCAAACGUAUUUAGAUAUGUAAAGAAAUAUUUUACUGUAAAAUAUUAAGUGUAUUAUUCAUACUUAUGGCAUGUUAUUCUGCAGUAUGCAGCAGCAUUUUAUUUUCCAUAACUGUGGACUAAAUCUGACAAUUUGAGACUUUAUUUUACAUUUUGGUGUAUUCAUUAUAUCCACGUGUAUGCUGUCAAGCUAUGUUUUGAUUGUUAGCACUUUCCAUAAGUGGUCCACUAUACACUUUAACAUCCGCUCUCUGUGUUAUGCCAUGACUGUCAAGUGAACAUUUGUCUAUUUACUUGAAUUUACUUUAAAUGGAUGGUAAUCGGUGGAUUUUAUUUUUUGUCAUAUGAAUCACAAUAAAA